CACUUGCCCCAGUUCACACACUGCCUGUAGGAUCCAGAGACCCGUGGCUUCUGCUUUCAUUCCCCCGCAGUUUUCGCUGGAGUCGCAUUCUGUUUCGGAUCGAGGAGACAUGCUGUUCUGGCACUCUCAGCCCGAGCCUUACCACCAGCACUCCUCAUCGACAACGAGCUUUCUGCGUGAUGUGCUGGCUCUUCCAAUUUUCAAACAAGAGGAGCCUCAGCCAUCUCCAGAGAGUGAUUCGAAAGUGCCCCCGUUUCAAUACGUUCUGUGUGCAGCCACCUCCCCUGCUGUGAAACUGCAUGAGGAGACGUUGACUUACCUGAACCAAGGUCAAUCCUAUGAAAUCCGCCUGCUUAACAACAGAAAACAAGCGUGUUGUACAGAUUUAAGCAGCAAGUAUGUUAAGAGCAUCCUUCGCGUGGUGUUUCAUGACAGACGGUUGCAGUACACGGAACACCAGCAGCUGGAGGGGUGGAAGUGGAACAGACCAGGAGACAGGAUCCUUGACAUCGAUAUCCCAUUGUCAGUUGGGAUCAUUGAGCCCAGAGCCAACCCAACCCAGCUGAACACUAUCGAGUUCCUGUGGGACCCGGCCAAGAGAGCCUCCGCAUUUAUCCAGGUUCAUUGCAUCAGUACAGAGUUUACUCCCAGGAAGCACGGAGGAGAGAAGGGCGUCCCGUUCCGGAUCCAGAUCGACUCGUUCAAACAGGACGCAAGCGGCGAGUAUACGGAGCAUGUGAACUCAGCCAGCACUCAGGUUAAAGUCUUCAAGCCCAAAGGAGCCGACAGAAAACAAAAGACGGACCGAGAGAAGAUGGAGAAAAGAAGCCCUCACGAAAGGGAGAAAUAUCAGCAGUCAUACGAAACCACUUUCCUUACAGAGUGUUCUCCCUGGCCUGAUCUGCCCUGUGUGAUGAACACCCCUUCCCCUGGUUACAGCAGCUCUCCACCGAGCUUCAGCAUCAGAGAUGGUAGAAACGUCUCUCCAAGUCAAGAGGGGGACCUGCUCCUUCCCAGCCUCGCCGAUCCCCUCCUGCCCAACGCUUCGAUCCAAGAUGCCCAGCAGUGGCUGCACCGACAUCGCUUCACUCCCUACUCUCGGCUGUUUUCUAAUUUCUCAGGUGCUGAUUUAUUAAAGAUGUCCAAAGAGGACUUGGUCCAGAUCUGCGGUCCUGCUGAUGGAAUCCGGCUUUACAAUAUAAUCAAGAGAAGGAACGUCCGCCCACGCCUCACAGUCUAUUUGUGUCAAGAAGCAGAACACACCGGGGCUGUGCAGCCACAGAAACAGGGCCAGAGCGCCAGCUCACUGUGCGUAUACCAUGCUAUCUAUUUGGAAGAAUUGACAGCACUAGAAUUGACAGAGAAGAUAGCUAACUUAUACAGCAUUGCACCCUGCCAAAUCCACCAGAUCUACAGACAAGGACCCACAGGGGUCCAUAUCUUAGUGUCUGAUGAGAUGGUGCAUUACCUCAUCGACGAGUCGUGUUUUGUAAUCAACACACUAAAAGCUGAAAGCAGCGAGGGCUACCAUAUUAUUUUGAAGUGACUUGGCUGCAGAGUACGUUUAUUGAGUAAGCAAGAAUACUCGGACUCAAAGACUUGGGGGGGGGGGGGGUGAAGCCCUCUCCCAAGCAGAUGUGCAGGAUAAAUGUGUUUUGAAACACUUGGAAUCUUAAAACAUGGAGAAGACAAAAGAAGCAACCAGAAUGAAAGUGAACUUGGGUUGCUUUUUUUUCUUGUUGACUUAUUUGCAAGAUGUCACUGUGUGUCUUAGUCCCAUUCCUACGAGGAACAGCACAAUGAUUGAUGUUCUAGGUAACUUGCAUCAUUUUCAGAGUAUAAUAUGCACUCUUUUAAACAUUUUGCUAGCGUUUUUAUACAAGGGGUGCGCCUUGUACAAGACAUGCUGGCUAUGCAAGAGUUUUACAAGAUAACAGUUACACGCUUUGCACGGAUGUGUGAGUUAUAGUCUAAAAAUGAUGGGAAUAAUAUCUAUAAUUUAAUUUUGUUUGAUCAAAAAUGAAGAAAAGGGAAAUGUUUUUGUAUUUUUUAUGAGUUAAUGAGAUAUUUGGGAGGGCAAGGGCACUUAAAUUAUAUUUAUAUUAACAUAUCACAAUAGUGCUGGAGAAGUAAGUAAAGGGAAAAUGAAUAGGGGGUUGAACAGUCUGUCGAAGAAGGGACUUCACAAGUGCUCUUUACAGAAAGUGCAGCUUUAAAAUGCAACGCUGAAUUCCACUGCCAUGUGUGCUUGCUGGCGAGUACAGUGCUGUACUACUACUGUAUACUCUACACACAUUCCGCUCUGCACUACAAAUAGGAUUUAUACCUUCAUCUAUUAGGAUCUCUUUUCUUUUUUAAUUGCAGCAGGGAAGGUGUAAUUUUUUAAAUUUUAUUUAUUGCCUUUUAGCACAUUAUAAAUAAAAGGACGGAUGAUGUUAUCAAUUGCUCUAGAAUCAAUAAAUCUCAAUCUUUAGUUUUCACUCCAUUUCUGAAUCUGGGAGAACAUUAGUCAGUUAUCUUUCAAAGCUAGAAUGUGGCGUUCUAAACCGAGCAAGUAAAAACACAUCUCUCAAGGUCUUGGGUUGCUGGUUUUCUCAAUUCGUAAUGUUAGCAUGGAGGUAAUUAAGGACGCUUCUGUGGCCUGUUGUGUUGUGUGAGGUGCACCCUUUUGGAAUAGGAUGCUAAAACCUCUCUCUUGCCACAGUGGCGUGGUGCUGGAGCACUGAAUGAGUGCAGAGUAUGGGUGCACUACCAACCGAGAUUUCCAAACUGCUCCGGUCUGAUACUUGUGUAAGGACCCAGGCAAGACGCAUGUAUUUUUAUUAAGAAAAUUGGGAGAGUUAAUUUUUCACUGCCUACUUGCCAAUAAUAUAGAACAGCUGGUUCGGAAAGCAACUUCACGGGGAGCAGGCUCACUCGCUCGCUCUCGUCCCUUUCAUUGGGAAUGCUCUUGAGUUCGGCUUGCUCGCUCUUGUCCCUUUCAUUGGGAAUGCUCUUGAGUUCGGCUUGCUUGCUCUCGUCCCUUUCAUUGGGAAUGCUCUUGAGUUUGGCUCACUCGCUCGCUCUUGUCCCUUUCAUUGGAAAUGCUCUUGAGUACAGCUCACUAACUCGCUCUUGUUCCUUUCAUUGGGAAUGCUCUUCAGUUCGGGGUCCCCAGUACUGCAAUUCAUAAAACCAGCACUCCGCUUGAGAGAAGUAGAAGCAGGUGUGCAGUGUAUUUCAGAGGAAGAUUCCCUGGUACCCGGCUGUAGCCUGUGUCCCUUAACGUUCAUGUGCACUAAAUUCCCGAGCAGAAAAAUAAAUAAAUCAAUAAAUAUAAAAGUCAACAGAACUCUAUUCUUAACCUGUGUAUUUUUCCAGUGCAGGUAUUUCAUUUCUGUUUUUAUUUUAGCAUCAACUCUCUGAAUUUCAGAGAUGAGUCCACUACAAGACUUGACAAUAUCUGGGUCAUUAGCUCUCUCUCUCUCUCUCUCUCUCUCUCUCUCUCUCUCUCUGCUUUUGCAACCUGUGACAAAGUGUCCUGGGUGCAAUGUGAGUACCUUUUGUGCAAUAUGGCAUUCUAAAAGAAAUGCCUUUUUUUCAAAAGGCGAAUGGAGUAUUGAGUUGUGUUUUCUUUGAAAUGGCAUUCUUGUGUGUUCUCUUUCUAAGCUUAAUGGAUGGGUUGUUUAUUUGAACCAUGUACUUAACAAGGUCCUGCGUGGUUUGGGCAUAGCUGGAGAUCUAGACUCUGUAAUCUCUUGAGUGUGCAACAGAUACAUUUACAAACUGAGGUCAAAUGAUAACUUGGAGCUGUGUAGAACAGCCGGGAACAGAAAUGUAUAUUUGAAAAGUCUGCACUUUGUCCUUGUUGACAAAAGCUUAUGAACAAAAAACAUGGGGAGAGCGAAACCAAGGAGUGGGGUUAUAACAAUGAAGAUGGCAUGCUGCAUGAGCUCCAAGUAGUACCAUUUCAAACAGUAAUGUGAAUGCAGUCUGUGCACAAGGCAAUCAAGUUUUAGAUGUAUGCUAUAUACUUUAUAUUUAACCAUGAAGCACAUACCAAAUACAACUAAAUCAACUAAAUGUAAUGGCAUUGCUGGGGUCCUUUUCUUGUGAUGCUGUUUUAGUCUUCUAUGUUGUUACAUGUCUACCUUGGUGUUUGCGUGUAUCCUGUGAGAAUGUAAGGGGUUGUAUUGCAUAUUCAGUUAAUGAUUCUUUUUUUCAAUGUGUGUAGGUUUUUUUUAUUUAUUCUUUUAUAUUCAGUGGCAAUCAUCUUUUUUGCUUGUUCUGUUCUGUCCCAACUUGUAUACAAUGUAUUAAAGAUCACUGUUUGUUUGCAA